AUGAAACCAAAGACAGGUUUAGAACUCAUGUUGGAUUUUUCUAGUGAAUUUCAUAAGGGAAAUUUCAAAAAUGAGUCAAGUGCAGGUGCAAAUGCAGCUUCUAAGGUAAACACAACAAUUUCUGUCAAGGACCCUUUAUCUGAAAUAGUUUGGUCUCCGGAUAAAGGUUUCGGUCUUAAAUGCGUUGAUUCGAGUUUUAAGAACAAAAAUACGUCACUUUUUCGCGACGUGGAACCUAGUAGUAUGGUUCUUGCUCUGCUACAAAGUGUUACUUGUGGAACUUCUAUCAAUGAUAAACCUACCGAUGAUGUUUUUGUUCAACCUCUUACUGGAAUAUGUGCCGAUCCUGAUGUUUCUUCGAUGAAUGUUCCUAUAAGGCCUCCGACAAGUGAUUCAGUUGUCAUCAUUCCAGAAUGUAAACCAUAUGAACAUCAUGAUACAGGUCAUAUCGAGAGAAGGUCUCAAGACAACGAAUCUAAACCUAGCUUUGAACGAAAACCUUCACCAAGGAAACAUUGCGAAGAAGGCGUGUACACUUGUGUUGACAACAAGGUGGUUGAAUUAGAGGGUGGCUCAUAUACUAGAGUCGAACAUGUGAUCGAAGAAAAAAGUUCUGGUGCUCUAGGAACAUAUAUAGUAUCAUCUUUCAACUGCGAAGCAGCUACUUCUGCUGCAUCAAGCAGAGUUCUUGUUUCAAAAUCCGUCCAAAAUAAAAACAAACACAAGGUCAAUGAAAUGAUGAUGCCAUACAAUAAGAACGGCAUUCAUUUAAGUUGCGAAAACUAUCAUAGUAAGGAGUUGUUUUUGGCAAGUAGGAAGAGAUGUAAACCAGAAGUGAUAAUUGAGAGUAAAAAAGUCAAAAUGCGAAUUCAAGAAACUUCAUCAUAUUCUAAAUCUCAUGUUGAAAGGGAUAGCUCAUUCAUGAACUUGAUUUCAAACAUGAUGAAAGGAUACUCACAAUCUAGUAGUCAGGAUGACGUGAAAUCUCCGGCUCUUGCUCAGAUUAGGCCUAUAGAUUUUGUCAACAGUCGUGGACACCAGAAAAAUAACACAUCAAAUAACUGCAAGGUUGAAGAGACUAGAGAACAAUUUGGUGAUAAGGAGUUGCUCAUUGAGACUAAAAAACUGCAUAAUUGUUGUAUCAACAAAGAGUCUUCUUCCAUUGGUCUAAAGAAUGAGAAGGGAAAUAGUGAUCACAUAUCAAAGCAUAAUGCCAAUCAUGUCACGCCUUUUACAAGAUUGAGAAAUUCAGAGCCAAUGGUUUCCAUGUUUGCCAAAAGGUUAGGUGCCAUUAAACAAUGCCAACAAACAGAAUAA